AUGGCGGCUCUAGCAGCUAGCUGUGAGGGUACUGGUCUGAAUCCGAUGUCGUUCACUGAUCAGCAUGGAAGUGUCGUUCUCGAACGUAUGAGAUAUCAACGAGAAACUGGACGAUUCUGUGACGUGUGCAUAGUUGUGAAGGACAGACAGUUUUCCGCUCAUAGGAAUAUCUUAGCCUCAUGUAGUCCGUAUUUUGACUCAAUCCUUAAGUCCACAAAGGUGACAAAAGAGCAGGUUGUCGUCAACUGCCAACAUCCGAAAGCGUUUGAAUUAUUGCUGAACUAUAUGUAUAGUGGAUGUGUCGUUAUUGAUCGAACUACUGUUGCAGAGCUCUUGCGGUUGGCGAACAAUUUCUUGGUAACUAAACUGAAGAAUUAUUGUGCUGAGUAUCUUGAUAGAUACUUAGAUGCAGCUAAUUCUCUGUCAGUUCGUCAGCUGGCUACGAAAUACAAUCUUCCUUCAUUGCUAAAAGCCGCAUCAGAAUAUUUCGAUGUCAAUAUUAAUCGGUGUUUACUUGAGUCUGUCGAUAUAUUGAGAUAUCCAAUGCAACAACUCUUAAAGAUACUGGAAGAUCCUAAAUAUCAGGAUGUGAUUAGUCCUGAUGUCUAUUUGAAGCUUAUCAUUCGCUGGGUUGGAGAAGAUGUUCAAGCUAGAGAAUCCUCCUUUCGACCGCUUCUUGAACGGUGUCAUAUAGCCGACGUAUCCGAUAACGCACUUGAAUUCGUUCUUGACUAUUCACCACUUCUCACAAAAUCCCAUAGCUGUAGACAUGCAUUGCUUGCUUCUUUAAGUUUCGAACAUGUGGAAGACGAGGAGGAAGAUGAACCGCCAGUCGAAGGUCAUCCGACAACUAGUACUGUUGUAAGUCAUAUGUGUUCUUGUGUGCUCACAGCAAGGUAUGGCUCGUACAUAUAUCAUUUUUUCAGCUUAAUACUUCAUAUACCGAGGAAGGGGUCGAGAAACCACGUCUUUCUACCGAUGUUGGACGAUGACGAAGUAGAUGGAGUCUAUGCGACAUCAUCGCUUGCUGGUGCUGUCACCUACACACACGAAGAUCUCAUUGAUCCUGAUGAAGUAGAAGACGGAGAGGAUGUGCAUGUUGACGGUGGAGCACAUGCUUGCAAGUUUUGCAAAUUCCUCACCAGUUCAGCUGAGGAACUUGAGAAACAUCGAGCUCGGCAACAUAACCGCAAUACCUUAUAUAUGUGUCAGCUGUGUGAUUAUGAGGCCGUUUGGAGUAAAUCAUUCUACGAACAUUGCCGAGAGCACUGGCCUCAAGCUCCUUAUGCAUGUGAUCAGUGUCCAUUGGUAGUGAAGGAGUCAAUACAAGAGCUCUUAGCCCACCGUUUAUCUCACACAAUUGAACGCUUCUUCAAAUGCCUCGAAUGUGGCUUUCGGGCAAGAUCACGGACUCAACUAUGGGCACACGAACGAUUGCAUAGCAGUUUGGAUGAAAGACCUCUUCAUUGUGAGGAAUGCGGGCGAGGUUUUACUACCCAUACGGCUUUGGAAGUACAUUUCGCGUCACAUGAUGAGCCGAGGUCUUUGAUAUGUGAAGAUUGUGGGUUUGCGACAUCUAAUACGGACCAUAUGACAACACAUCGCAGACAACAUACAGGCGAUAUGUUCUAUUGUCAUAUAGAUAAUUGUGAUUACUCUUCACCUAAGAAGAGUCAGUUAGCAGCACAUCUGAGAACACACAUGGCUGUACGGGCGCACAUUUGCAAGAUUUGUGGUAGAGGUUUUAUCGAGAAGUCUCACUUAGUUCGGCACGAGCGAAUUCAUCUAGAAGACAAGCCGUUCAAGUGUGAUGCUUGUGAUUAUGCUUCCAGUCGCCGCGAUAAGCUGAAGGAGCACAUUCUUAAGCACCAUAAUGGGACAGCGGCAAAUAAGUCUCAGAGGCGGCGCUACAGGCGUGCUAAACAACUUGCUGCUCUUGCCGAAAGGACAGGACCGCCUGAAGCUAUGUUCCGGCCAAUUCCUCCCAGUGAAUCGGUGUCACAGUGGGCAGAAUCACAGUCGUUCCAGGUAUUUUCUAUAUUUCCCACAUUCCGUUGUCGGCUUACAUAUAAAUAUAGGGAUUCUUCUAGACUGAACAGCGGUACUCUCCUCAGCACGCCCAACAACUGCCGUCUUCAGUCGUAG